UAUUUCAUUUCUUCUUCUUCCUUACAGUGGAUUAAUGACAGCUUUUCGAUAUUUGAAAGAUCCAGAUGAAGGACUAAACAUUGUGAAAUUCUUCCUUAAAAAAUAUUGGAGGUACACGCCACAGUACGCUUUGACUUUAGCUUUGUUAUUGGUUACUCCUACCUGGGGAUCUGGUCCAUCAUGGUUUUCUCGAAUGAAUCCAAUGUAUAAAAAUUGCAGGGACCAUUGGUGGUACAAUAUUUUGUACAUCAAUAAUUUCAUGGACUCUUCUGAAGUGUGUCUAGAUCACACUUGGGUAUUUGCUGUGUACGCUCAACUUCAUGUACUAUCAGUAUUUAUUUUAAUACCACUGAAAAUGCGACCAAGGAUUGGUUUGCUGGUCAACUUCUUGUUAGCUGUAGUAAGCUUGGCAUCUGUCGCACUUACCAACGUCUAUUACGAUCUGCCUCCAAAUGAAAUGCUUACGUUCAUUCACGUAAAGGACAGAAUGUUUUAUGCUGAGCAUUCUUAUUACAGAGUAUAUACCCACCUGACUAUGUAUUGCUGUGGUAUAUUUGUGGCAUUUUUAGUCCACGAGUAUUCAGACCUCAAGAUAUCUAAAAAAAUGAGCUGGUUCCUAUGGAUAAUAACUUUGACAGGAUUUGCAGCAUCAUCGACAGUUGUGCAUGAGUGGAACACAGGGCUUGUGCCUAGUCCUCUUGUUUCUGCCCUCUACACGUCCUUCAGCAAGGUUGCUGAAGCAGCCUUUCUGUCUUGGGUAUCCGUCGCUUGCAUGACUGGACACGGGGGUUUAAUAAAAGAUUACCUGUCUUGGCGCCCAUUUGCUUUCUUGGCGCGGUUGGUGUUCCUCGCUCACUUGAUGCAUGUGCCCGUCAUCACAAUGGUCAACGGAUUCAGAAAAUCUCAUUUUUUUGUCAAUGAAUUGGAAAUCUUCUACGAGGCACUCACCAAUAUGGUGGCUACUCUGGUCAUAGCCUACAUACUGUUUAUGGGAUUCGAAGCCCCAUUCAUCUCUUUGACGCAACUCCUGACUAAAAAAUUCCGAAAUCGUCUGAACAGCAAUGAUAUGGAACCACCCAUAACUGAGAAGCCCAUCAAGUUUGCUGACAAGAUGAAGAACACCGUCUCAACAUCGCCACAACUCAAAGUGUGGAUGAAUAUUAAUGAAAAGAGCCGUUGUUGACCUACGUUCAAGACUGAAAAUUUAAAAUAGUUGUUGCUUAAAUGGCCAUUCUCACUGCUUUCAACUCACGCUCCUCCGCAAAAGUAAACGAAAACUGAUUGGAGAAAUACAUUCUCAUGUGCAUUCAUAAAUUCUCAUUUUCUCAACAGCGAUCUGAGGUGCGUGAAUCGCAUGCAGUGUGAAUGGUCUUACGUCAACACAACGUCUAUUCCUGUACAAAAGAAGCUUUAGGAGGAUCUAGUUCACUCCACUUCCUUGAACUUUUUAUGUAUCUUUGAAAAUAUUCAAUUGUUGAGAGACAUGCAUUAUGUGUGUUAUCUUAUCAUUUGCAUAUUUAAACACUCAAAGUAUGGUUGGUUUUUAUACCUGAUGCUAUAUUAUUUUUGUAUAGACAACAUUUGAUAUUGGAUAUCGUUCAUCAUAAAUAAUAUUUUGUCACGCUCAUUUUCAUGAUGAAUUAAUACUCGAAUCAUUUUAAGUAAUUCGCCGUGAAGAAUCCCGUGCUAUUAUUUUUCUGAGCUGUUGCGAUUUUUUUAUUUCACAAUUAAAGAGCUUAUUGCAAUUGUGACAUUCUGAAAUGACACAAUAUUUGUGUUUAUGGAUAUCAGAUCAGACUGUUUUUUUAGUAGGAAAAAGUGCUUCGUUGACAGUUGCUUGCUGUUGCCUGUAGCUAGUAUUUUUGAAGUUACAAAAAUGGCACUUAAGACCUACUUUCGUUAAGUUCUUCAAUUAUAUUUAACCUGCACUCACUGUUUAAAUUGUACUUGUAUUUUUAAAUGAAGUAUUAAACUGAAGGUGGGAAAAUAUUCUGUGACAUUUUUGAAAAAAUAUCUCACAGACUAUUUACAUAUAAUGAAUAAAAAGGAAAAGGUAUUAUGUACCUUCCCAUAAGAAAAAAAAAGAUAACGUAUGUUUUUUUUUAUUAUUUUGUUAACUGUUAAUCGAUCAGAAAGCCAAAACGUAAAUAUUUGCCUCCAGCUUGUUUAAAAUCUAAAGAAACCGUUUUGCAUACCUGAAUAGGGUUUAAGAGUUCCCCUGUACUCUAUGAAGUUUGAAAUAGAUUUUUGCAUUGAUUUUGAAACAAUUAUAAUGAAUUCUACGAUCACCACAUGUUUCUAGUAAGAACUGUUCAAGUAAGCAUGUUCACGUAAGCAUACGGUGACCAGGUUUAUAAACUAUGAUUUGAGGACAAAUUACAUUUAGAACUCAUAUAACAUUUAGAGUAUUACACAUUUUGAGUUCAAGACCAAAAACCUUAUUUGUCUUAAUGCCUAAUUCUGAGGUAUAAAUCUAUGAAUUCAAUUUUAUUAUUACGAACCAAGUUAAAUAAAUCAAACACGUUUAUUCAAAAAAACGUUUUUAAUAUUGUAUAUUGGUGAAUUUCUGUAUUGAGAAGUUACGUGAACUAUUUAAUACGUCAAUAAAUAAAUAAUUAUGCUUUUUUUCUAUUUGAUAUAUCAUAGUUUCCCAAACUGAGUUUAGUUAUGAACAUCUCAUUAUUGUGUAAAUAUGAGACAGAUUUAUGUUACAUAUAUAUUGAGUUAGAGACUGUGGACCUCAAAGAAAAACGUACUCAAUGAAAACAAUCGAAGUGCUUA